CCACCCCUUGCUGCCCAUAGCAUGGACAAGGACAGCCCAGAUCUCCACCAGGACCUGAAUGCUCUCAAAACAAAGUUCCAGGAGAUGCGGAAGCUCAUAGGCACCAUGCCUGGCAUCCACAUGAGUCCUGAGCAGCAACAGCAGCAGCUUCACAGCCUCCGGGAGCAAGUCAGGACCAAGAAUGAGCUUCUGCAGAAGUACAAGAGCCUCUGCAUGUUUGAGAUCCCCAAGGAGUAGGACCAACUCCCAGGACAGCUGCCAAAGAACUGAGAACUUCACACCUGUGCUGUCCAUCUCCUUGGGAGCCCAGCUCUAAACUGGGAGGCCACAUAUGGCUGUUAUGGGGCCUCAGUGGCUGUACUCAGCCUUGAUUAGCUACGCUCUGGUCCCAUCAACAGAUCUGGAGGGCACAGAAGGAGAGGAGGUGGCUGUUCCCUUCUUUCCUUUGGCUCCUCCCACUCCCCAUAUCAUCAGUGCAUAUCUGGUACAUACUGUUCCUGUUAACAGCAGUUUCAUGAAGCAUUUGCAUAGAAUUCAUGGGAUAAAUUAGACCUGCACUCAGAUGGCAUGGAUUUAAUAUAAUUUUUAAAGAAGGCUGGGAGAGUGUGAACAUUGUUUUGAAAGGCCAGAGGGUGGGUGGCUUCUCCCCCAAAACUGUUCACUUCCUUUUUUGUUUGAGCUACUGAAUGAAACUGUAUCUCUGAGGCGUCAUCCCAGAGCCCUGCCAGCCAGCCACCAACUCCAGUUUCCAGCCUCCUGCACACUAGCCUUAUAGGCUCUUGCUCCCUUUAUCUCCAUCACUCCAGGCAGUGCUCAGAAUAGCCAAAGCACUGCUUGCCUGGGGCCUUUUGUCCUUCCCACGCUGGCUCAAAAAGGCUGUUGAGCAAGCAGCUCUGCCCUGAUUCAUAGGCCCUGGCUUGCUUUGUCAUCUCCUCUCUAACCAGGGAGUCAGCCAUAUUUGCUACCCUGCACAUGGUCCCUGCACACUUCUGGUUUAGAGCAGAGUGGCUGGAGGGAGAAAUCAGGGUGGUUCCUCAGCCAGGUGUGUGUGUCGUGAGAGUCAGGUCUGUAGGGCAGGGGUAGCUAAGCCUGGAGGUUCUAUAGCUGUGUGCUAGUUGUAGAGUGUGCUCUGCUAGUCCCACGUGGGACUGUCACACUGAGGGCAGGGUGGCCCUUCGUCCUCUCAGGAGUAAGGUGGGAAGUACCCAGUAUUGUUUAGAUCUUGAAAUGGGCACGGUCUGGGCUGACCAGUGUAAGACUUAGCAGGUGCCUGCCAGCUGGCCUUGUUGGCAGGAGUACUGGCUGGGAACGUUUUUAGCAGGGGUUCUGGUGGCAUUGUCUAUCCAAGAUGCCUCACAGUUGGGCCUGGGAUGUGUGAAAGAGGGUGUUGAGUUCCAGUGGUUUGGACAGAAAAGUGGGCUCUGAGUUUGAGAUGCAGGAGCUUCAGAUCCUCCUGCUAGGCAGAGACAGAAGGCUCCUUAGAGGGCCAAAGGGGAUGGAAUCUUCUUUGCUCCAGUGUGCUGACCUGUCACAUUUGCAGAUACGGAAUUAAAAGUGUGCUCUACUCUCAGGAUA